UGAAUUACUUUUAUUAAUUAAGAAGGUGCAUUUCUUAUCCAUAGUCAAGAUUCUUUGGAAAAGAUUUCAUAUGAAGAGGCUAUCGUCGAUGCUUGCUGUUUCGAAUAAAGUUCGAGGAAUAACCGUCCUUACGGACAAUGAGAAGAAGUUGUUCAGCAAAGAAAUUACUUUACCGAUCAUUGUUGUACCGCUGAAGGUUAUAAAUCGACUAAUUGGAUGUAAGGAAAUAGCAAAUAGGACAGUAGAACGAUUUUGUAAUAAAAUUAAGCCUAUCGUAAAUAUGCCGAAAGAAAACGAAAAAGCUAUUGUGUUUAGUCCCGAGAAGCUGGAUGGCAGCACAAGAAAUGUUCUUUUGAAAACUAUAGAAAACUUAACAGGGCUGACGGUUAAGAUCGAUUCUUAUAAUGUAGCCUUGAAUUAUGAUGACUGGCCUGUGAAGUCAUGUAUCACUGCAAUUUUACCUAAUGGACUCGAGUUCGGUGGUUUUACCCAGAUUGGUCAUAUUGUCCAUGUGAAUUUACGAGAGGAGUUACUUUUAUACAAAAAAGUUAUUGGAAAAAUACUUCUCGAUAAAGUCAGCAACUGUAAAACGGUUGUUAAUAAACUAGAUGUGAUCGGACAUAAAUAUCGUACAUUUGAACUUGAUUUGCUCGCUGGUGAAGAAAAUUAUAAAACUGAAGUGCAUGAAGAAAAAUUACGUUAUCAAUUGGAUUUUAGUCAGGUGUUUUAUAACCCAAGAUUGAGCACGGAACAUAAGAGAAUAGUGCAAAAAAUUGGCAAGCGAUCAAUUUUUUAUGAUUGCUGUGCUGGUGUUGGACCUUUUGUUUUACCGGUGGUAAGGAAUGGAGCUCAUCAUGUUUUAGCAAAUGACCUAAAUCCGAGUUGUAUCGAUUACCUCAGGCGAAACAUGGAACUCAAUCAUUUAUCAUUCAAGAGGCUAAAGUUGUAUAAUAUGGAUGCAGCCAUAUUUAUCAACACUGUCCUCGCAGAUGAUCUGGCAAAUGAAGCAGAAAAUUACAACGUCUCUGAUUCUGAAAAUAAGACUCCGACAGAUGCACAUGUUGUAAUGAACUUGCCAGGCAUGUCCUUACAGUUUCUUCCAUAUUUUCGGGGUGUUCUAUAUGGUAAACCCAAUUUACCAGGCACUACCCUUCCAUUUCCGUUUUACGUGCACUGUCAUUUUUUUGUGAAAGCACCAGAUGAUCUGGAGAAUAACUGGUACUUUGAUGAAGCGCAAAUUUUGAUACGCAAAAGUCUGGGUAUUUCGAAGUUGAAUUUCAUUGAACUACGUUUUAUUCGACAAGUUGCCGGGCGUAAGAAAAUGUUUUGUGCCACAUUUCGACUUCCUGAUGAAUUUCUGUUCUCUUCUGACCCCCAGAAAAUAGAAGUCGUAGAGACUAACAGUAAGGAACUGGCAGAAACAAAAGGAUGUAACGGUGAUAGCAGUAGCGAACGAACUUGUGCUCAACGGACAAUUUGCAAAAUACAGAGUGAAGAAUUAGAACCUGAGCCGAAGAAAAACAAAUUCAGUUGA